AUGACAUUUGUAAAUUUUAGCGGUUUUGGAUUUAAAUUUGAUUUAAAGUCUGGUUAUCACCAUAUAGAAAUUCACCCUGAUCAUCAAAAAUAUUUAGGAUUUUCUUGGCAAUAUGGUGAUACAGUGCGUUAUUUUACUUUUUCGGUUUUGCCUUUUGGACUUUCAUCAGCUGGUCAUAUAUUUACCAAGACAGUACGUGUGUUAGUUAAAUACUGGAGAUCUUUAGGAUUUCCCAUGGUGGUUUAUUUAGAUGAUGGUAUGGGUACAGCAGAAAAUUUUGAUACAUGUUUUGAAUUAUCGAAAACAGUAAAAAAUGAUUUACUGCUUUCCGGUUUUAUUGCUAAUACAGAAAAGAGUGUCUGGGAACCAGUACAAAAUAUUGAUUGGUUAGGUUUUGUUUGGAACUUUAAAGAUUGUACUUUAGAAAUAUCGCUUAAAAAAUUAUUUGCUUUAAAGCUGGUAAUAUCGAGCGUAGUAGAUGGCAAAACUAUUUUGACUUAUAGAUGUAUUGCUAAAAUAUGUGGAAAAAUCAUUUCUAUGAUUCCUGCUCUUGGUAACGUUUGUCAAAUGAUGACGAAGCAUAUGCAUAUGUUAGUCUGUUGUAGAUCUGCAUGGGACGAUGUCAUCCCUAUAAAUGACAACAUUUUGAAGGAACUAAAAUUUUGGUAUUUUGAAUGCGAGUCAUUAUCUUUCCAACGCAUUGUACCUAUAAAUAGAAUACCACAGCGUGUAAUUUUCACUGACGCUAGUCAGUAUGCCGGAGCAGGGUUUAUAAUGAAUGAUAACAAAAUUGUACAUUUUAUGUUUGAUGGUCAUGAAAGAAGCAAAAGUUCUACAUGGAGAGAAUUGAAAACUGUAGAAAAGAAUAUUUCUUCUUUUAAAUCUGAUUUAACAGGAAAAUUUGUUAAACUUUAUACAGAUAACCAAAAUGUAGUACAGAUUGUUAAAAAGGGUAGCAUGAAAGUAGAAUUACUAGAUAUUGCUUUAAGCUUAUUUCAUAUUUGUUUGUCACAUAAUAUUUUCUUGGAUGUUGAAUGGAUACCUAGAGAUAAAAAUACUUAUGCAGAUUAUCUGAGCAAAAUUUUUGAUUAUGACGAUUGGGGUGUUUCCUAUCAAAUUUUUAUAUGUUUUGAUAAAUUAUGGGGACCAUUCACAUGCGAUCGUUUUGCAGAUUCGAAAAACAAAAAAGUAGACUAUUUUAACUCUAGAUAUUAUUCACCGGAUACUUCCGGGGUUGAUGCUUUCGCAUAUGAUUGGUCUGCUCAUAAUAACUGGUUAGUUCCACCAGUUUGUUUAGUUAGCAAGUGUUUAAAUCACAUGCGAUUAUGUAAAGCUAAAGGCACUUUAGUUGUACCUAAAUGGCCAUCAGCGUUAUUUUGGCCUAUCUUAGUGAAUAGGUUUUCAGACAGAUUUAAAUCUUUUGUUAUAGACUUUAGAGAGUAUGUAAAACCUAUGAACUUUUUUACAAAAGGUUCACAAGAAAAGAGUAUAUUUGCACAGAGACCUUUUAACAAUCAAUGGAAACAAUUUGAGUGUUAUGCCAAUGAUUCACGAUUUGCCAGUAUCAUACGAGAUUUACCCUCUUUUGUCGAAUCGUCUAGAUCAAAUUCUACAAUUAAGAAAUACAAGUGCUAUUUUAAAAAGUUUGAAAAAUGUUUGAGAAGUGGUGGCGCUUCUACGGGGGCUAAUAGAGGAGUCUCUGAUAGGUUACUUAAAGUCCACGGUAGAUGGGCUUCUGAUAAAUCCAAAGAUGGGUAUAUUAAAGACAAUUUAAAAUCUCAAAUGGCUGUUUCCUUGAAUCUUGGCAUAUAG